AUGGCAGAAUCAAAUGAUUCCGUUUCAGUUGAUAUGGAAAAGAUCUAUCUUGGUGGAAAGGAGCAUCAUAUUCAAACUGGCUGUGGUUCUGUAUCUGUCAUAGUCUACGGGGAUUACGACAAACCAGCUCUAAUCACUUAUCCAGAUUUAGCGCUAAAUUAUAUGUCAUGUUUCCAAGGAUUAUUUUUCUGUCCAGAAGCUGCUUCUUUGCUGCUUCAUAACUUCUGCAUAUAUCAUAUAAGUCCUCCUGGACACGAGUUAGGAGCCGCUGCGAUUUCUUCCGAUAAUCCUGUCCCUUCCACCGAAGAUUUGGCAGAUCAAAUAGUGGAGAUCCUCAACUAUUUUAGGCUUGGUGCCGUUAUGUGUAUGGGAGUAACCGCUGGUGCUUAUAUUCUUACUCUUUUUGCGAUGAAAUAUAGGGAGCGUGUUGUUGGUUUAAUACUUGUAUCUCCGUUGUGCAAAGCACCUUCUUGGACUGAAUGGUUUUACAACAAGGUGAUGUUGAAUUUUUUACAUUUCUACGGCAUGUGUGGUUUGCUAAAGGAGUGUUUGCUUCAGCGGUACUUCAGCAAGGAAGUUCGCGGUAAUGCUGAAGUUCCAGAGUCAGAGAUAGUUCAAGCAUGCAGAAAACUUCUGGAUGAGAGGAAAAGAACAAACGUGAUGCGGUUUCUUCAUGCAAUUAAUCAAAGGCCGGAUAUUACAGAAGGGUUGAAAGGAUUAAAUUGCCGUACCCUUAUUUUCGUCGGGGACAGUUCCCCUUUCCAUUCCGAGGCCAUCCACAUGACUUCAAAACUUGAUAGGAAAUUUAGCGCCUUGGUUGAGGUCCAGGCUUGCGGAUCGAUGGUAACAGAAGAACAACCGCACGCAAUGCUGAUACCUAUGGAGUACUUUCUGAUGGGGUAUGGUUUAUAUAGGCCAUGCCAGUUCAGCAACAGCCCAAGAAGCCCUCUUAGCCCAUCUUGCAUCUCUCCCGAGCUUCUUUCUCCGGAAAGCAUGGGAUUAAAGCUAAAGCCGAUAAAGACGCGUGUUUCUCUCAAUGAUUGA